AUAAUCUCAUUUUCAAUUAUUCAACCAUUUCAUUUUACCAAGUUCAAUGUUAGUCAGAUUAGUCAACAUUUAUAUGUUUCGAUGCAACAACAAGAUGUUAUUUGUAACAAGUAGUUUUGUUGGUUGGUUAAUUGGUCACAUUUUAUUCAUGAAAUGGGUUGGAUUGAUAUUAGUCUGGAUACAACAAAAUAAUUCUAUUAGAUCUAAUGUACUUUUUCGAUCUAAUAAGUACCUUGUGUCAGAAUUGAGAAAUUCUAUGGCUCGAAUCUUUAGUAUUCUCUUAUUUAUUACCUGCGUCUACUCUUUAGGCAGAAUACCGUCACCCAUUUUUACUAAGAAACUGAAAGAAACCUCAGAAACGGAAGAAAGGGAGGAAAGUGAGGAAGAAACAGAUGUAGAAAUAGAAACAACUUCCGAAACGAAGGGGACUAAACAGGGAUCCACCGAAGAAGAUCCUUCUUCUUCCCUUUUUUCGGAAGAAAAGGAGGAUCGGGACAAAAUCGACGAAACGGAAGAGAUCCAAGUGAAUGGAAAGGAAAAAACAAAGGAUGAAUUCCAUUUUCACUUUAACGAGACAUGCUAUAAAAAUAGACCACUUUAUGAAACUUUUUAUCUGGAUGGGAAUCAAGAAAAUUCGAAGUUAGAAAUAUUGAUAGAAAAAAAAAAGAAAAAUCUUUUCUGGUUUGAAAAACCUCUUGUAACUAUUCUUUUUGACUCGAAACGUUGGAAUCGUCCAUUACGAUAUAUAAAAAAUGAUCAGUUUGAGAAUGCUGGAAUGCUAUAUAAAUGUUAAAUGUAAAUAAUAAAUUCAAUUUAUUUAAAUAAUAUAAAUAAUAAAUAAAUUUAAAUAAU